AUGGCUUUCGUGGGUACUCGUGUCGUCGCAAGUCGCUUCUUUGGGGCAGCGUCCAAGUCAAGUCCUGCACGACGGGCGCGUUGUUUACGGAGUUGUCCUACGGUGAGGCGACCGGCGCUACAAACCGCUCGCCACGAUGGUGUGGCGCUCGUCCAGAUGAGUGCAACCUCGGAGCCGUUGACACUCAGUGAGGCGUCCGUGGAAGUCGUUCUCGAUGAGUUACGGCCGUAUUUAAUGGCAGAUGGAGGGAAUGUGUCUAUAGUGGAGAUUGACGGAGCGACGGUGCGUCUCAAGCUGGAAGGUGCCUGCGGGUCGUGCCCGUCGUCCACGAUGACGAUGAAGAUGGGCAUCGAAAAACGGCUUCGAGAGCGAAUACCCGAGAUAGAGUCGGUUGUUGCUGUGGAGGACGCGGGUGAGCAGCCGUCUUCCGAGGGUGUGGAACAAGUCCUUGACCAAGUGCGCCCGUUCUUGAAAAUCGCGGGUGGCUCUAUCGAACUGGUGUCCAUGACGAACAUAGACGGACCUGCACCAGUGGUGAACCUGCGCCUCAUGGGCACUGGAGCGGCGAUUCAGUCCGUGAAAGUGGAGAUUUCGAGUCGAAUUCGCAGGCGGUUUCCGCGCAUAGCACAGAUCGUUUUCACCUGA